AUGGGUAAAACCUUUGUCAAUGAAGAUGUAAGGUUUUGCGAUAUGUUAGCAGUGAAGCAUACAGAGGACUACAUUUCAAGUACAAGAAGCAUCGCGGAGAUUGAGAAUAAUCGUAUGGUUCAUCCAGGGUCCAUGGCAAGUAUAGACUUGAAUAAAGCCGCUUCUCAUUCAGGAAAUGAAGAAACGUAUUCUUUGGCUAUCUCGAAUAAAACAAUUGAAACUUUUUUUGAUAAUUCCACGGGUAGUUUAGUACAGUGUCCACUAUAUGCCAAUGAUUCGAUUAUAAUGUAUUACCAGGUUGAUAUUAGUGAUCAUUAUCUUAGGUUAGGUAGCUACACUGUUAAUUUUUAUGUUUUUGCAAAUGAUGAUUCGUCAGAGCUAAUUGGUUGCAAUAGAAUAUAUGUUACUCCAGAACAUUCAAAUAGUGUGAAGGCCACACUUUCUUUAGGGGUCCCAAUUUUGUUAGUGGUUACAGGUUUGAUAAAUUUUUUUACCGUAAUUUAUUCAUCAUAUCAAGAGUCAUCAAAUCCAUUUCUAUUUGUGGCGUCUACAAUAUGUAAUGAAAAUUUAUUGAAACAACUAGAUGCAACAGUAGAAGAAAUCAUAACUUAUCUACAAUUUGCACUAUUUAUUGGAGGGCUAGAUUUGCAAUAUCCUGGUUUCUAUCAACCUUUGAUUGGCCAAAUACGUUGGUGUGCUUUAAUGGGGUUUGCAUUUAUUGGAAACGGAAUAUCUAGACGAACUGAACUGGAUAAUAUUUAUGUCACUUUGAAUUUAGAUGGUUUAAAAAACUUAGCAACGUAUAGUAAUGAUCUCUCCUAUUACGAAUGCUGGCCAAAUUUCAUUAUUGCAUUUGUUGCCUGGACCCUUAUAGUUAUUGUUGCGCAUCAGCUAUUCUUGAUCUUACGAAAAUCAUUUAGUUGGUUCUAUAAUAGGAUUAAGAAAACUCGCAGUGCCAAAACCUUUGAAAAAUAUCCAAAUUCAGGUUCAAAUCAUUUAGACUACGAAUUUACUAUGAAAAAGAACUUUUACCAUAUUCUAGGUCAAGUUCUCAAGAAUUUUUUUACAAUGUUUGGUUUUCCAUUUUUAGUCUUAACUUCAUUCAUGCUUUACAAUGCUGGUGCUGUAGGUGGAAAAUAUAAAUACUUUGCUAAAGAAUCUAACUUACGGGGUAACAUAUUUAGCCCUUCAGUUCCAUAUGAUAAAAUUUUUUCACCAGAUUUAUAUUUUAUGAUUGAAAAUUCUUCUGAUGAUGUGGGAUCAAACUCUAAUGGUUUUUCUGCGAAUAAUUUAAAUUAUACCACUCAAAAUUUUGCUUCUAACUCCACAGAAGUUGUGAAAAACUCCGGAAACUAUAUCAAUAUGCCUAUAGGAAGUAUGGUUGUCGGUUCAAUUUUAAUAGUCUUGUGGAUAGGUUUGGCUCUUUUCUUCAUAUUCAACUAUCUCAUAACUGUCAAUAACUGGAGGGUUUCUAUUAAUAAAAAAGUUUCUCACUUGUACACAUCGAUGAAAUCGAUUUUAAUAUGGGGAUUUUGUUAUUGCAAAUAUCAUCCAGACAAGGUAUACUUUGUUAUAAUUGACUUAGCUAUGCUUUUCUUUAAACUGUUGAUUAUUGGAUGUUUACAAUCAUAUGGGACUGUACAAGUCUCGUUAUUGAUAGUCAUUGAGUUCAUUGGUUUGGCUUUACUACUUGUAUUGCAGCCUUACUUCGUGAAGAUGACAUGGACAACUUCCAGAUGGAUGCUACCAGUUGCAAGAUUUUUGGUAACUAUCUUAUGUAUCCCUUAUAUUAGACAAUUGAACCUUAGUGAAUCUACUAGGACGUAUGUUGCCUUUGUCCAGUUGUCAAUUCACGUAUUUGUGGCAAUUGUUUUCAUUAUUCACUUAUUCUACUGUCUUGUUAUUACGAUUCUUUCUAUCUUCAGAAAAAGUCGUGAUAAAGCUCGGUAUGAAAAAUGUGUAGGAAACAAACCGUAUAAUAGUGUUGACGAGUUUAAUACUCAGUUUGAAUAUCAUCCUGUUGUUAACCCAAUGCCUUUGUUAUUAAAUGAGUCUGAAUGUGUCAUGUCCGAUAAAUAUGAUUAUUCCGACCCGGUUCAAGACAAUAAGAUUGAAGAGACUGAAAAUGAAAUAGAAGAGGAAGACCCAUAUUAUAGAAUACGAAGUGAAAAGCAAUUACAAAAGAUGCAACUUGAGAAAGCCCAUGAAGGAUUUCCAUUUAAAUAUUCGUUUGUUAGGGAGCAGAAUGGCUAUAUGCUUCGGGAUGAAUUAGAAAAUACGGAUUCUAUGAUUUAUUCGACGACUCAAUCUGUUUUGUCUUUUCAACAACAGCAACAUUACUCUAACUUGAGAAUACGAAAGAACGAUUACACUUUCCGUGAGGGGGAUUUGAUAUAUAAGAAAUAUUUUGUUCAUGAUUCAAUAGAUCCUGAAAUUAAGGCCCUAUGGGCAUCCAGAAAUAACUGGAAUUUUGCUCAACCAUCCCAUCCCAAGAAAAUUAAUAAGCAACACGCCGAUAAUAAGACACAUAAUAGCGCAUCGAAGUAUCAUAUCUGGGAUCAUCUGAUCGAUAAGAUAAAAAAUCUGCUUCAUGUUAAAUCCUUUGGUGGUAAAACUCCAGACAGUAAUAGCUUUCUGGUCUCAAGACCUAGGCCACUAACUGUUAAGCCUUAUGGGUGUUCUCCAGAAGUAGACCUAAAAUCUACAAAAUCAAAGUCUUAUCAACCUUCUAGUUUUUCAUCUGCAUCAACUUCAACAAUCUACAACAAUCCAAUUACAUAUAAAAAUCACGAAGAUUCCUUUAGACAAGGAAUAUGA